AUGCCGCCAUCCUCUCCAUCCCGUCUCGUGGGCCAGCCCCUUCUCUACGCCAUAUCAGUCUUUGCUAGCUUGGGUGUCUUCUUGUUCGGCUAUGAUCAAGGUGUCAUGUCCGGAAUCAUCACCGGCCCUCACUUCCGGAAGUACUUCAACAACCCAGAUGCCAUUCAAGUCGGAACGAUGGUGGCCGUCCUUGAGGUCGGCGCCUUCAUCACUUCCAUCGCGGCAGGACGCGUGGGCGACAUAAUUGGCAGGCGAGGCACGCUCUUCAUUGGUGCUGUCGUUUUCGCCGUAGGUGGCGCAAUUCAGACUUUCACGCCUGGAUUCUGGGUCAUGGUCGUUGGCCGUGUCAUCUCUGGCUUUGGAGUCGGCUUGCUAUCGACCAUUGUUCCCAUCUACCAGAGCGAGAUUUCUCCGCCUGAUCACCGUGGUGCCCUGGCAUGCAUGGAGUUUACUGGGAAUAUCUUCGGCUACGCAUCUUCCGUGUGGAUCGACUAUUUUAGCUCAUUCAUUGAAAGCGACCUGUCGUGGAGGAUUCCGUUGUUCAUCCAAUGCGUGAUUGGUGCCAUUCUCGCAGCGGGGUCACUUGUGAUGCCUGAGAGCCCCCGGUGGCUCAUUGACGUUGAUCGAGACGAGGAAGGAAUGCGCGUCAUUGCGGACUUACACGGUGGCGACCCCGAGGAUAUUGUCGCGAAGGCCGAGUUCCAGGAGAUUAAGGACAGAGUUGUUUUUGAGCGCGAAUCUGGUGAAGCACGCUCCUACACUGCCAUGUGGAAGAGGUACAAGCGGCGCGUGUUGCUGGCCAUGUCGUCGCAAGCGUUCGCCCAGCUAAACGGUAUUAACGUCAUCUCGUACUAUGCUCCGCGAGUUUUUGAAGAGGCCGGAUGGAUUGGACGUGACGCUAUUCUCAUGACCGGUAUCAACGCUAUCAUCUAUAUUCUGAGCACGCUGCCCCCCUGGUAUCUCGUAGAUCGCUGGGGCCGACGCUUCAUCCUCAUGACUGGGGCUGCUGUCAUGGCUAUAUCGCUCGGACUGACGGGCUGGUGGAUGUAUAUCGACGUCGCAGAGACUCCACUUGCGGUGGUAAUUUGUGUCAUUGUCUUCAACGCGGCGUUCGGGUUCAGCUGGGGUCCCAUCCCGUGGCUGUACCCUCCCGAGAUCAUGCCGCUCUCCGUCCGUGCGAAGGGUGUCUCCAUCUCCACUGCAACUAACUGGGCAUUCAACUUCCUCGUGGGAGAAAUGACCCCCGAGCUGCAGGUCUUGAUCAAAUGGCGACUCUAUCCUAUGCACGGCUUCUUCUGCGUGUGCAGCUUUAUUCUCGUCUACUUCCUGUACCCUGAAACAAAAGGGGUACCGCUUGAAGAGAUGGAUGCUGUGUUUGGCGAAGAGGAGCUUGAAGAGCAACUGGAAGAUGAAGAGUCAGAGCGGGCUUCUCUGGUGUCCCGUGGCUCUCGUCGCUCCAACCACUCUCGUCGCCUGCCGAGCUCCGUCUCGCAGGGUCUUGUCAGCCGCCUGAUGGGACGCAACGGCCGCGAGAGCUACCAGCCAAUCGGCGACAACGACGAAUAG